AUGGCUAGUGGUCGUGAUAAGCAUAGACAGAAAUCCAAGGGAAAGAGUUUGUUCGGUAGGAUUGAACCCAAUCAGACAGGAAAGGCGAAAAGACCAAGUGGAAAGCAAGGCUAUACUGUGGUCAAUGGGAAGUUAGUGAGCAGUAACGAUGUUGGAGCUCUGCUGAGACAGGCUGCUACGACUGUUGAGCGCAGGAAGGGACAUAGUGCGAAGAAGGGACAGAUCACAGUCACACAAAAGAGCACAAAUGUGAAGAAAACAGUAAAAUCGAGACCCACGAGACCUUCGAGACCCUCUAGACCCAUUAAAAGCCACGGUGCGCCCAAUAACUUGGUGAUCUCGACAAAUGAGGAUGUCUCUCGCAAGCUGUUAGUUUUCAGCAACCUAGAGUUGGGUGUGAAUCAUGAUAAUUUAAAAAGCGUUUUAGAAGAGUUGUCUAACGCAAGCAUCGCAAGGGUAAGAGUCAGAGAUUUACCUUCGGGAUCCUCAACUGCUAACGUGUGGUUGUCUCGUCCUACUGCAGGCGAGUUGGAGAGGGUCAGGAAGUAUUUCGAUGGUGCUUUAGUCGACGGCAGAACAAUAAAAGUGUCCACAGUGCCCGAAUCCAGUGCAGGUCUUUCUUAUUGA